AUAUCUGCAACCUACAUAAACUCAAAUAGCAAAUUCAAUAGCACAGAAUGUCAAUGGCAUUUGUAUAUAGACCUUUGCAUCGUCUUCUGUUGCUAGCCUUCUCAACAUGCUGUUUGUCAUCAUUUAGCACCACUUCUACAACCACCACACCCCUAGCUAGCUCACCAGCUGCAUCAACAGCCAAACCUCAAAGAUUGGUCUCCAAACUCAUUCACUAUGGUUCUGUUCUCCAUCCACUGUACAAUCCAAAUGAAACAGCAAAAGACCGAAUGGAAAUUGAUAUCAAACAUUCAGUUGCACGUUUAGCCUACUUGCAAGCUAGGAUUGAAGGUUCUUUGGUCUCUGAUGUUUACAGAGCUAAACUUUCUCCCUCUUUAACUACUCAAACUAUACUGGCCAGUCUCUCAAUAGGCCAACCCCCCAUCCCACAACUAGUUAUUAUGGACACUGGCAGUGACAUGUUCUGGGUUAUGUGCAUCCCUUGCUCAAAUUGUGACAACCAUUUAUCUCCACUUUUUGAUCCUUCAAAGUCUUCCACCUAUUCCCCAUUAUGCAAAAGACCCUGUGGCAUAGAAGGCUGCAAAUGCAACCUCUUGGAUAAAUUAACUUUCAGUAUCACUUAUGCAGAUAACUCCUUCACAUCAGGAACUCUUGGCCGUGACAUGCUAGUCUUUGACACAACUGAUGAAGGUACCACUCAGGUACCCGAUAUAGAAUUUGGGUGUGGCCAAGCCAUUGGGUACAAUUCAGACCCAGGAUACAGUGGAAUACUAGGAUUAAACAAUGCACAUAACUCAUUGGCUUAUCAAAUUGGCAAAAAAUUCUCUUACUGCAUAGGUAGCAUAACUGACAAAUAUUAUAGUUACAACCAAUUGAUAUUAGGUGAAGGGGCUGAUCUUGAAGGCUCUUCUACACAUUUUCAAUUGCUCAAUGGCAUGUAUUAUCUCACCAUGGAAGGCAUAAGUAUAGGAGAAAAGAGGCUUGACAUAGAUCCAGCAACUUUUGAGAUAAAAGCCGGUGGCACAGGUGGAGUCAUACUUGACACAGGUUCUACACUCACCCACCUAGUUGAAGAUGUGUAUAAAUUACUAUGCAGAGAAGUUAGAAAUCUCCUUGGUGGGUUGUUUCACGAAGUUGUAUAUACAAAUCCUCCAUGGCUACUCUGCAAUUUGGGGAUUGUGAGUAGAGACCUUGUUGGGUUUCCAGUGGUUACAUUUCAUUUUGCUGAAGGAGCAGAUUUGGCUUUGGACACGGGAAGCCUUUUUAGACAAGUGAAAGAUGACACAUUUUGCAUGGCUGUAGGUCCAAUCAGUGGGGGUGGCAUUGAAAGUAGACCUUCUGUUAUAGGGUUAUUAGCUCAGCAGAGUUAUAAUGUGGGAUUUGACCUCGUUAAUCAGUUUAUUUACUUCCAAAGAAUUGAUUGUGAACUUCUUAGUGGCUGA